AUACUGUAACACGCAUAAGUAUGUAUCGGGAGACGAAUUAGAUUGAAAAAGUUGAAUUCGAUUAAUUAGAAAUUUAACCAAUCCCGCGACUGACAGGAGGAUUCCUUUUUCUUCCGUCGAGAACGAGUUCUCCAACAGGCAAAAGACCGGUUGCUCGUCGUUUUACAAACAAUCAAUCCGACUUAUGUGGGUCAAAGCGCGCGAUAUCGGUUUACGACCGCCAACCGCGAUGGCAACAACCACCGCCUAUUUAUACGGUGCUGAGCUUUUUGUCAGUCGCGGGGUGGUUCUUGUCUUAAACAUCACAUCCGCCGAGCUGUACCGCCUAUGCUGACCGAGAAAAGGAGGAUCGCGCAAGAGGCAGUGGCGGCGGGGACGAAGAGCGAGGGAAGCCACGACAGGAACCACCGCCUCGCUUUCUUCAGCGGCUUCAAACAUCCGCUGCACCAGCCGCCACCAGAUCUCUCCAGUUUACCCCCAGCCGCUUCAGCUCGCGCUCAAAGAAACUCCCGCGUGCGCGCGUUCAUUUCCCCUUUCUACAUCGGAAGCGAAAGGAUGCGCCUCGGAUUUCUACCCGCGGUCUUUUCUGACACUUCUCAAAGUCUCCGCUCCGUUUCCGGUUCUUCUCGUCGUGUUGUAUUUUGCGGACCACACCGAGUCGACAGCUCAACAAAAUUAAACUAUUCCCAAGGAUUUCUUCACAUAUGGUUGUUUAUGUAACGAGAGGACUUUCUUGACCGAUUGUCGCCGCGUGUCCCUCCCGAGGGGAGAGGGAUCGCGAGAUACAUCUGGACCAGGGCGAUCGGACACGUCGGCCUUCUCCGAGACGAAAGAAGCGAGAAGGGGGAUGACCGGUGGACGCCGCGCGACACGCAUUGUAUACGCCGGACCCACGUGUACGCGAGCAGCGGCUCGUCGAAUCACCAGCUGCCGAUUCGCCGAGUCGACUCCUGGAAGCACGGGAGUCGAUCUAAAAUUAGCGGCCCCGGCAUGGCAUCCCCGCCUAGCCCUUACAUGGCCACGUCACGGGCAUACAUUUGGCUACUUCGAAAAACGGGAAAGAGAGGGAGAAAGGGAGAGAGGAAU